GAAGCCUAACACUGAAGUCUCGUGUGAUGGAUAUGUCUAUUGUGUUGAGGAAAUUGAGUGCUGGAGGAUGUCUUUUCAAUUACACGUCUAUACAAUUCAGUAAUAUGCCAUUUUCCAUCAACUCCAUCUAGGGAAAGUAGCAGUGUUUGACAUUAUUAUAGUGACGAAAGAACAUGUGAAUGGCUAGUCUGGAAAUGACGUAAUAGCUAGCGAUCAGCUUAAUGUGCUAACUGGAGAAACCAGAAAAAGGUGGUGAGUUGGUUUUGGUCACCGGUGAGGAGUUGGAUACCGCAACCAAUCUGAUUUUAAUUGAAGAGAAACCUUUGAAUAGUAGGUUUAUUAUUUAAAGGAAACAGUAGAAAACAUGGGUGACAUUGCAAAGGGAAAGAAAGUUUUUGUCCAGAAGUGUGCCCAGUGUCAUACUGUUGAAAAUGGAGGAAAGCACAAGGUUGGGCCUAACCUGUGGGGUCUGUUUGGACGCAAGACUGGACAGGCUGAAGGCUUCUCGUACACCGAUGCUAACAAAUCCAAAGGCAUUACCUGGGACGAGGAUACCCUCAUGACAUACUUGGAGAACCCCAAGAAAUACAUUCCAGGGACAAAGAUGAUCUUUGCUGGCAUCAAGAAGAAGGGAGAGCGUGCCGAUCUUAUAGCAUAUUUGAAAUCAUCAACUUCAUAAACUACUGUCUAAUUUGUUUUAAAGUUGUUUCUCUGUCUUCUAUACAUUUCAUCAACUGUUCAGAGGCUUUGCCUCUUAACAAUGCAUUUCUGGGAUCUUAAGGACAAUUCAUUUGUAACAAUGUGCUUUUUAGCACAUGUGAUUUUUAGCACAUUUUACAUAGUAUGAGAAAUGGAUGACUUAUACAAACUAACAUCUGUUUUGGCUGAAACUAUUUGGGGAGAACUCUGGAGUGCAUAUUUCAAAUGUUAAGGUUACCUAAUGUCUAGUGCCAAACUGUUGCAAUUUCUCACAUUCAUAAAUGAUUGCUACAACUCAGUUGUUUGCUUAAUCAGUUGCUGUAUUUAUCACAGCUGUAUCUCUGAUGUUCCUCCAUCUUGAGGGAGUAUAUUAUAUAUCCCCUGGUUUAACAGGUGCUUAUAUGCAUAAGUUAUUGAACCAUAGACUAUUUCAGAAUGUAUUUAGUCAAAGCUGUGUAGAAUAUGCUAUAAAGCAAAAAAUGUCCAAAUGAAAUGGUUUGGUACUAGGUUUUAAUACUUGUAUGGCUAAUGCAGAUGAUCCCACUCAUGUUCACAAUACCUCAUGACAUGGAUAUCAUAUUCUAAUUUUAUUGAAUAAAUUCCAUGCUUAACAAUUA